AUGGCAUUUCCAGGCUCUCAUUCACAUCAGUACUAUCUACAAAGAGGAGCCUUCACAAAUCUCACACCUUCUCAGGUCGCGAGUGGGCUUCACGCGCCGCCGCCUCCUCCGGGGAUGAGGCCAAUGUCGAACCCUAACAUUCAUCAUCCUCAGGCUAACAAUCCAGGACCACCAUUCUCCAUGUCUGAACACAGACACUCUGAUUUCGGACACAGCAUUCACAUGGGGAUGGCUUCCUCUGCUUCGGCGGUGCAGCCGCAGCCUCUGCAACCGCCUCCUCCUCCGAUGGAGCCACCGAUGGUUAAGAAGAAACGUGGAAGGCCGAGGAAGUAUGCACCUGAUGGUCAAGUCUCUUUAGGGCUUUCUCCUAUGCCUACUACUUCUGCUAGUAAUAAGCCUAAGGACUCUUCUUCAUUGUCUGAUCCAAAUGCGCCUAAACGAGCCAGAGGUCGACCUCCUGGAACUGGAAGAAAGCAACGGUUGGCUAAUCUUGGUGAGAUCUCGAGUUUUUAUAUGUUGUUGCAUUGUGAAGAACAUGAGCUUGGAUCUUAUAAUUAG